AUGCCUUCACCACUAUCGGACCCCGUCAAACUGCCUUGCGGUCUUGUCCUACCAAACCGACUAUCAAAGGCUGCAAUGGCCGAAAUGAUGGCCAAGUCCCACCACCCAGACCCUCUCUACGAGGCCUAUGAAAAAUGGUCCACCGGCGGCUGGGGCAGUAUUCUAACCGGCAACGUCCAAGUCGACAUCAACCACCUAGGAAGCCCCUUCGACCCAGCCCUGGACGGCGAAUACACCGGCAAGCGCGGAAUUUUCGCAAACACAAUUGCUCCCUCCGCGGUCCCGAUUUCGAUAGGUGACUCGUGGCUGGAGUGCUUCAUUGGGGCUGUUGCUUGGACAAAGCCUCGUGCUAUGAGUACUGCCGAGGUGCAGAGGGUUAUCUCGCAAUUUGUUGAUACGGCGAGACUCAUGGCCGAUGCGGGAUUUUCGGGUAUUGAGCUGCACGGAGCGCAUGGGUAUCUUAUUGAUCAAUUUCUAAGCUCCAAGACAAAUCUCCGGACCGACGAAUUCGGCGGCACGCCCGAAAAACGCGCGCGCUUCGUCCUGGAAAUAAUCAAACAGACCCGCGCAAUCGUGCCGCAAACCUUCGCCAUCGGAAUCAAGCUCAACUCAGCUGAUCACAGCUCCGCAACAUUUGAAGAAACAAUGACCCAAAUCGCCCUCCUUGUCGAAGCUGGCAUCGACUUUAUGGAAAUUAGUGGCGGCACUUAUGAAGAUCCGCAGAUGAUGGGAUAUCCCAAGGCGGAGAUUCCAGUUAAGUCAGAGCGUACGGCUGCCCGCGAGGCAUUUUUCCUGGAAUUUGCAAAGACUGUUCGCGGGAGACAUCCUGAGUUGAUUCUUAUGUUGACGGGUGGGUUCCGAACAAGGGCUGGGUGUGUUGCUGCUAUUGAGGAUGGGGCUUGUGACCUUGUUGGUAUUGGACGACCUGCUGCUGUUGAGCCUGCCUUCCCGCUGCUACUUUUGGACGAGGGUGUUAAGGAUGAUAAGGCUGGCUUGCCCUUGAUUAAGGUGCCGCCUCCUUGGUAUAUGAGGUUCUUGCCUAGGAACCUUAUUGGAGCUGGGGCUGAGAGUACUUAUUACGCGGCGCAAAUUCAGCGCUUUGCUCGGGGCCUGGCUACUUAUGCGCCGGCUUUGUGA